AUGGAAAAAGUGAUCACAAUGUUGAAAAACUAUCCGUCUGAAGAUGUUGCCGUGGUAGGGAUAUGGGGAAUGGGUGGUGCAGGCAAAACAACUAUUGCCAAAACCAUUUAUAAUCAAAUGGGUCCCACUUUUGAGAGUAGAAGUUGCCUUUCAAACAUCAGAGAAGUAUGGGGUCAAGAAAAGGGAAAAGUGUGCUUACAGAACCAACUUCUUUCAGAAAUAUGCAAGACAACGCAAAUGAAGAUAAAUAGUAUUGAAGCAGGAAUAAUCACAUUAAAGGAUAGACUUCGCCAUAAAAAGGCAUUGGUUGUACUUGAUGAUGUGGAUGAGUUACCCCAACUAAAUGCAUUAGCUGGAAGCUAUGACUGGUUUGGUCAAGGAAGUAGAAUAAUUAUUACAACUAGAGAUAAACGUUUGCUCCCUAUGGGUUGUCCCGUUUACCCAAUAGAGAAUUUGGAUGAUAAGGAAUCUAUUGAACUUUUUAGUUGA